AGGGGUGCAAGGGCCCGCCCCGCUCGGCUCCUCCCAACCGACCCGUGGCCGUCCGAUGGCGAACGCGGCGCUCCGCCGCCGAGCGUGGCAGUGGGCCGCCGCGGUGCCGGCGCUGGAGAGGCGCUGCCCGCCGCUGCCCGCUGCAGGAGCACGGCGGAUCCCAGAGCACAUGACGAGUAUUGAGCAGGCGCACAUCCACACCUGCAUGUUCAUAGAGGCUAUGAGCGUAGCGCGCAACUUCACACAGGCGAUCCUCCCCGUGCUGCGCGGGGUGCAGCAGCUGCGCUUCGCCUUCCGGCCAGCAGAGGAAUCGCCCCCGCCUUUCCCUGGGGCCUUCAUCAACUGGAACCGGCCCGCGGAGUUCCGGGAAGGUGCGGAGACCGCCUACACCAGCCUCCUGGGGGCCCUGCUGCGCGGGGAGCCCCCCCUCGCGGAGCUCCGCCCCCUGCUCGCGGACGACGUGUGGCGGGACCUCUCGGGCAGGCAGCGGCAGGCCGAGGGGGCCGAGGCCGAGUGCGGCGGCGGGUCAGCUGCCCGCGUCGACUUCGUCCACGUCAUGCUGGCCAGCCUGGGAGGGCCCAAGAGCCUGGAGGCCUUCCACGAGGGCCACCCGCCCUGGGCGUACGCGCGGGACCCCCAGUUGCGGGAGACCUUCGCGAGGGACAUGUUCCGAAAGAGUCCGUUGGAGCUGGGCGUGGCCGCGGUAGCCCAAGUGAGCGCAGCAGAUCGCGAAGGAGGCAGCCUGUGGCGGCUGGACUGGCUCACGCUGCGGUCCGAGUUCGACAUCGUUGAAGGCAUCAGGAGCCCCGUUCCACGGCGCCUCCCUCGCCCUCUCGUCGGGGUCACGCGUGUGCGCUGAGUGGCCGCCAGGCAGCCCCUCCGCCGCUCACGGCCAGGCCGUGCUCGACGCGUGCGGCAGGUGGCGUUCGCGAGAGUGCCUGCUGUCUUCUUCGCUGGUGCCAAGCGGAUGGCUUCCCUGCGGCGGCGUGUCGUUGAGACCGUUGUCGACUCCCAAAGUCAGAGAGCGCAGGGGGGACUGCCGUUGGACUGCCGUCCUGUUCCUCCCAGUGGGGAGGUGCGUUCGACUGUUGCUGGACGCCCCGGCCGGUAGGGGCGGCCGGCCCUCCACUGCCCGGAACCGGUGUGUCGGGCGCGUUGGAGUUCCUGUGACAGGUGUUUUGCCCCCGCCCUUCACCACCCACCAACCCACCCUAACCCAAACCCGAAGGCCCCG